GCUAAUUAAGCCGACCAGCUUUCUUUCUUCACGGGGGCCUGGUAUGCAAUGGCUGCAAACAGCAGCCUCCUUGGUAGUGUAUGCAACCUAUUGUUUGUAUGGGUUGCCCUAAGGGACCUUGGAGACAGCCCUGCGCAGUGGACAUUCGUGCCUCUGACCUCAUGCUGUUGUUAAUCUAGGCUGCAGACAGGUAUGCGGGGUGCUUUUGGAAAGCCCCAAGGCACAGUAGCCAGAGUUCACAUUGGCCAAGUCAUCAUGUCCGUCCGCACCAAGCUGCAGGACAAGGAACAUGUGGUUGAGGCCCUACGCAGGGCCAAGUUCAAGUUCCCUGGCCGCCAGAAGAUCCACAUCUCAAAGAAGUGGGGCUUUACCAAGUUUAACGCGGAUGAAUUUGAAGACAUGGUGGCAGAGAAGCGGCUCAUCCCAGACAGCUGCGGGGUCAAGUACAUCCCCAAUCGUGGUCCCCUGGAUAAGUGGCGGGCCCUCCACUCAUGAGCCUGACUCUCCUGUGCUCUGUAAUCAUUGAUAAUAAAGCCUGGUUCCUAUAA